CGCUCCGGAGUCAAAGCAGAGAGAGCGAGGGGAAUCAGUGCGAGCGACGAACGGGAGGACGGAUAACGGUACCGAGGACAACAGGGAUGUACAGCAAACAUAGGCAGAAAAAUGCCCAAAUAUCACCGGCACAAUGUGGACGUUCGCUUAUUAUGUUGUCUUUGCUACUACUGAAUGGCAUACUGGAAAGUGCAAACGGAGAUACCCGAGUACAAGGAGAGUUAAGGGGACAGACGGUGACAGCACAGUGGAUCUCUCCUGGACGCACCAAGAGGGAAGAUGGUGGUACUGCUGCAAAACAGGACCAGUAUCCAGACAGAGGGGAAAUAGUGCUGUCCUCCAACAACCUUGAACUGGUACUACAAGUGGAACGGAAUCAGGAGCUCCUGGGCCCAGACUUCACAGAAACCCACUACAGUGAGGAUGGGCAGCCUGUAACUGUGGCCACCAAUUACAGUGAUCACUGCUUCUACCACGGGCAUGUAAGAGGACACAUGGACUCCUGGGCCGCCCUUAGCACAUGUUCAGGAGUGAGGGGCCUGAUUGCCUUGAACUCAAAUGACACCUACUACCUUGAGCCAAUCAGAGGGCUGGACUCUCGCCAUCACUCGCUGGUCAGCGCAGACGAUCUGCCAAUCAGAGGCGGGACUUGCGGCCACGGGCAUCAGACUGGACACCCCAACCUCCUCUCCGGUCUGCUUAAACCUUUGCAUCAAAGGGUGAGACGAAAUGCCUGGGGCACUACCAAGUACAUGGAGCUGUACAUCGUGGCUGACAGUACACUGUAUAAACGACAGAAUAAGGACUACCAAAAAACCAAGCUGAGGAUAAUGGAGAUUGCCAAUUAUGUUGAUAAGUUCUACAGGGCUCUGAACAUCCGGGUGCCUCUGAUUGGCCUGGAGGUAUGGAAGGAGAGGGAUGAGUGCAUCAUUACAGAGGAACCCAACACCACACUCUGGUCCUUCCUACAGUGGAGACAGAAGCUUAAGUCCCGCAAGAAGCACGACAACGCACAGCUACUGACGGGAGUGAUAUUUAAAGGGACCACCAUAGGGAUGGCACCGCUGGAGGGGAUGUGUAGUCUGGAGAACUCUGGAGGCAUUAAUGUGGUGAGUUGGAUGGCACCGCUGGAGGGGAUGUGUAGUCUGGAGAACUCUGGAGGCAUUAAUGUGGUGAGUUGGAUGGCACCGCUGGAGGGGAUGUGUAGUCUGGAGAACUCUGGAGGCAUUAAUGUGGUGAGUUGGAUGGCACCGCUGGAGGGUAUGUGUAGUCUGGAGAACUCUGGAGGCAUUAAUGUGGUGAGUUGGAUGGCACCGCUGGAGGGGAUGUGUAGUCUGGAGAACUCUGGAGGCAUUAAUGUGGACCAUUCGGAUUUACCCAUCGGAGCUGCCGCCACCAUGGCCCACGAAAUCGGACAUAAUUUUGGGAUGAGCCACGACCACGAGGGCUGCUGUGUGGAGGCGACUGCGGAGCAAGGGGGCUGCGUGAUGGCUGCUGCCACCGGGCAUCCAUUUCCCCGGGUGUUCAGCCGCUGCAGUAAGCUGGACCUGGACAACUACUUCCAGAAGGGAGGAGGGAUGUGCCUCUUCAACAUGCCCGACAUGAAGGACCUGGUCGGGGGCAAGAGGUGCGGCAACGGCUUUGUGGAGGACGGAGAAGAGUGCGACUGCGGAGAGCCAGAGGAGUGCAGUAAUGACUGCUGCAACGCCAACAACUGCAGUCUGAAGGCAGAGGCUCAGUGCGCCCACGGGGUGUGUUGCGAGGGCUGUAAGCUGAAGCAGGCAGGUACCAUGUGUCGUGGUCCUGCGGGAGCGUGCGACCUGCCAGAGUACUGCACUGGUGGCUCUCCCUACUGUCCGUCCAACGUUUACCUGCUGGAUGGCUCCUCCUGCCAGUAUGGUCACGCCUACUGCUACAACGGCAUGUGUCUGACCCACGAACAGCAGUGUCUGCAGCUGUGGGGUUACGGUGCCCGGCCAGCGCACGACGCCUGCUUUCAAGACGUCAACGCAGCAGGGAACGCGUUUGGAAACUGUGGGAAGGACGGACAGGGAAACUACAUGAAGUGCGAAAAAAGCGACGCCAAGUGCGGAAAGAUCCAGUGCCACAGCGCGGCCAAGAAGCCGAAGGGCACCAACGCAGUGUCCAUAGACACCACCAUCCGGACAGACGGCAUGGAGGUGAAGUGCAGGGGGACAUAUGUCUACACCACCCAGGAUGGACAAGGGGACCUCCCUGACCCGGGCCUCGUCAUGACCGGCACCAAGUGUGGAGAGGGGAAGGUGUGCAGGGACCGCCGGUGCCAAAACGCCUCUUUCACCGAGCUGGAGGGCUGCAUCGCUCGCUGUCAUGGCCAUGGGGUGUGCAACAGCAAUGGCAACUGUCACUGUAACCGAGGGUGGGCACCUCCCUUCUGUGAGAAGCUUGGUCUGGGAGGCAGUGUGGACAGUGGGCCUGUCCAGUACCACAGUCAGCUGGGCUUGGUGUUGGGUCUUCUGUUUGUCUUCCUGGUUCUCCUACCUGGGAUCCUCAUCACCUUCUACUGCUAUAAGAUCAAGAGCUCCUACUACCACAAGUGGCUCUCCCAGAGAGACAAGAACAACAAGGCUAACAGACUUGAAGGCUCCAUGGAGAAGGGUAAGAAUGGACACCUCAACCCUGCAUUUCAUCUGAAGGUGGUGGGGCCGGCGAACAAAGGAAACAGUCACAAGGGGCUCCCUCACACCAGCAAAGAGGUGCUGCCUCUCCGGCCGGGCCCCACCCCUAACGGCACUCAGCCUGUCAACAUCGUGCGUCCCCUAAGGCCCGCCCCCUCGCCGCACAACACGCCACGGCGCUUCAAGGUGGCCCACCCACCUUUACUUGUCAGCAAGCAACCCGGGGCCCUGCCGAAAUCCCCCGCCCCCCCUCAAAAACUUACGCCACCCAAGAAACCACUUCCCCUCAACCCAACACGAUCACCACUGGUAUCCAACCCAACACGAUCACCACUGGUAUCCAACCCAACACGAUCACCACUGGUAUCCAACCCAACACGAUCACCACUGUUGGUGUCAGAGCUGCAGCCCAGACACUCCCCCUCUCCUCCUCAGAGGCCCCUGCCCCUCAGCCCCGCCAGAGGGGUGGUGUUACCCGUGAGCCCAGCGAGGGCGAUUCCUCCCAAACCCUCCAAUGGGCUGCUGGUGAUGAUGCCCCCUGCCGUCGGCCCCAAACCAGUGGGCAAGCUGUCCGUCAUCCCUCCUCUCAAAGCACUCCGACUGGUCCCAGGAGCGAAACCAAACACAGUCUCCUCGCCUUUCCGAAAAUGACCCUGGGACCCGAGCCUUGCCUUUCCGAGAGGAGCCUAUCAGGAGCCAGCAGUCAGUCAGCAGCAGUCAGCCUAUUUGCACUACAGCGACCUUGUUGGAGGGCUGGUACAAGACAGGUGUUGACCAACAGUAAUAGCUAGGGGGCAAGGCAGAGGCUGAUGGAGGGGGGGAA